GACUUUUCUUGUUUUGUGGGGGGAGUGAGUGAACAUAAAUAAAAAUCCUAUCUUUUCGCUUUUCUCAUAUCUCGAGAAGGAGAAGGAGAAGGAGAAGGAGAAGUAGAGAGUUCUGAGUGGCCAUGGCAGCUCGACGGAUUUCUUCCUUGCUCUCUCGGUCUUUCUCUGCUUCUCAGUUUCUCUCUUUAGGAAGGAUCCCAAGAAGGGGAAGAAGCAUUUACAGGUUUAGCACAGCUACAAUGCCUGAAGAGCUGAUUGUUCCACCUGUUCAAGUUUCUUACACCCAGCAUCUGAUCAAUGGCCAAUUUGUGGAUGCUGCUUCAGGGAAAACAUUCCCCGCCUAUGAUCCCCGUACUGCAGAAGUGAUUGCUCAUGUUGCUGAAGGCGAUGCAGAAGAUAUUAACCGUGCAGUGGUUGCUGCUCGUAAGGCAUUUGACGAGGGACCUUGGCCAAAGAUGACCCCAUAUGAAAGGUCUCGUAUAAUGUUGAGAUUCGCUGAUUUGGUUGAGAAACACGCUGAUGAGCUUGCAGCUCUAGAGACAUGGAAUAAUGGAAAGCCAUACGAACAGUCUUCCAUGGCUGAAAUACCAAUGUUGGCUCGUUUAUUUCGCUACUAUGCCGGAUGGGCUGACAAGAUUCAUGGGCUUACCGUUCCUGCUGAUGGUAGUCUUCAUGUUCAAACAUUACAUGAACCAAUCGGUGUUGUCGGACAAAUCAUUCCCUGGAAUUUCCCACUUAUCCUAUUUGCUUGGAAAGUUGGGCCUGCACUAGCUUGUGGCAAUACUAUUGUCCUAAAAAGUGCAGAGCAAACACCUUUGACUGCUCUCUAUGCGGGAAAGCUUUUCCUUGAGGCUGGUCUUCCUCCAGGAGUUCUGAAUAUAGUUUCUGGCUAUGGUCCAACUGCUGGUGCAGCACUUUGCCGUCAUAUGGAUGUAGACAAGAUUUCUUUCACAGGAUCAACUGAAACUGGUAAGAUGGUGCUCGAAUUGGCUGCAAAAAGCAAUCUUAAGUCAACCACUUUGGAGCUGGGAGGAAAAUCACCUUUUGUAGUGUGCCACGACGCUGAUGUUGAUAAAGCUGUGGAGCUUGCCCAUUUUGCUCUAUUUUUUAAUCAGGGGCAAUGUUGUUGUGCCGGGUCUCGCACAUACGUACAUGAACGUGUAUAUGACGAGUUUAUAGAGAAAUCUAAGGCACGUGCCUUGCGUCGCAUUGUUGGUGAUCCCUUCAAGAAGGGUGUUGAGCAAGGACCUCAGCAGAUCGACACGGAGCAAUUUGAGAAGGUCCUCAGGUACAUAAGGUCUGGUGUUGAAAGCAAUGCUACUCUUGAAUGUGGAGGCGAAAGAUUUGGAUCGCGAGGCUACUUCAUUCAGCCCACUGUUUUCUCAAAUGUUCAGGAUGACAUGCUGAUAGCUACGGAUGAGAUAUUUGGCCCAGUCCAAUCCAUAUUGAAGUUCAAGGACCUCGAUGAAGUGAUAAAAAGGGCGAAUACAACCCGCUAUGGUCUGGCUGCUGGAGUUUUUACUAAGAACAUGGAUACUGCCAACACUCUGUCGCGGGCUCUGAAGGUUGGGACUGUUUGGAUCAAUUGCUACGAUGUCUUUGAUGCAGCAAUUCCUUUUGGUGGGUAUAAGAUGAGUGGUAUUGGCAGAGAGAAGGGAAUCUACAGCCUUAAUAGUUACUUGCAAGUUAAGGCAGUCGUUACUCCUCUCAAGAAUCCGGCUUGGCUGUAAAUUGUUGCUUUUAGACCUAAUCCAAGCUUACGUACCUUGUAUGUAAUUCAAUAAUACGUGUGUUUGUAUUUGAAUAGUCAAAGGGCUGGUGCUAUAAACUAUGGAAAUGCUUGUAUGUUGCUGAUUAUGUCCUUUGAAUGAAGUCAAAAGUAUUUUGUUUUCCACUA